AUGUCAGUAAAGUCCGCAAUCCAUGAUACGUUCACGAAGGACAAGAAAGAAGAUGAUACAGAAGAACUAGAACAAGAAUCAGGCCCUCCGGAUGGCGGGUUUCGGGCCUGGAGGACUGUUUUUGGGUGUUUCCUCAUGCAAUUUUGUGGCUUUGGAUACAUAUCGUCUUUCGGAGUUUACCAAGAUUAUUACACACGAGUUUAUAUGACCAACUAUUCACCAUCUGCAAUAUCAUGGAUUGGUGCAUUGACCUCGUUCCUCGCAGUCAUUGUCGCGUCGAUCUCAGGUCCGCUGUACGACCGAGGGUGGUUUUAUCGAUUGAUGAUCGUGGGAUCGCUGCUCCAAUCACUGUCCUUGUUCACCUUGUCCUUCACGAAGCCUGGUCAGUUUUACUUGGCUUUUAUGGUUCAAGGCGUCGUUUAUGGGUUUGGGAUGGGCUUAACGUAUGCUCCCAGCGUCGCGGUCGUCUCUCAACACUUCUCCUCCAGAAAACGCACAUUGGUGAUGUCUCUCGCCACGUCUGGUUCACCACUGGGUGGAAUUAUUCAUUCGAUCAUGCUCAAUCACCUUUUGAAUGGUACCGUUGGCUUUGCAAAAGGCGUUCGUGCCAGUGCAGGUUUUGUCAGUGCUCUGUUAUUGCUCGCCUGUCUAUCCAUGUGCACAAGAGAACUGCCGGUAUCGACUGUUAGUUAUACUGUAGUGGCUCGAAAAUUCUCUCGCGAUGUUCUCUUCAUCCUCAUGGCGGUUGGGGGAACACUAUUCCAGAUCGGGUAUUACUUCCCUUUGUUUUACUUGCAACUGGAUUCUACCAAACAUGAAAUCGACGUCGAUUUCUCGUUCUACUCCCUUUCGAUAUUAAAUGCUGCUUCAUUUAUCGGACGUUGCACGGCAGGAAUAAUUGCGGCGUAUGCGGGAGUGUUGAACUUCACGAUCAUAUCCGCUGUUGCAUGUAGUGCCAUCAUAAUAUCCAUGAUAGCUCUGAGUGAUAUGUCUAGUGUGGUCGUCUUAGGACUUGUAUAUGGCUACUUCUCUGGAGUCUACGUCGCGCUGUUGGUCCCAUUGAUGACUGUACUGACGCCUGAUUUGUCUGAGCUAGGUAGUUACUUCCGGUCUUCGCCUGCCUUUGAACCAAUAUUUUCAGGCGGCCCAAUAUCAGGUGCUUUGCUCGGUUCUCAAUAUAAGUGGUGGAUAGCGUCGCUCUUCAGUGGGGUCAGUAGUUCACGUUGUUUCUGCAUUUGUGCGAGCCCUGUGCUGAAAUUUGCAUUCAGUUGA